AUGGAUGCAUUGGGAACUGGACAAUUAACAGGGUCUCAGAAAGAUGAAUUGAUGGAACAGGUUAAACAACAGUUAGCUGUAGUAAAUGCACAAGAGCUAUUAACAAAAAUGACUGAAAAGUGUUUUAAAAAGUGCAUAGAUAAACCCGGUACAUCACUAGAUAGUUAUGAACAAAAAUGUGUAGCCAUGUGUAUGGAUAGAUAUUUAGAUUCAUGGAAUCUUGUUUCAAAAGCUUAUGGAAAUAGGCUUCAAAGAGAAAGACAAAGGAUGUAG